AUGAAUGCACAGAUAUCCUUCAUUGAAGGCCAAUUCAGCCUAAUCCAUAUUCCCCUUCCACUCUAUGCCUCGCUCCUCCAACCCAUUCUCCGCAUCCUCCUCCCCCAUGGCGGUCCAACCCAUACUCCGCUCGAUCCCGAAGGGCCCCUCUCAGGCCUCUCCCCAGACAAUAAACACCACUUCCUCAAUAUAUCCGUCACCCCCCUCGAGUGCAGUAUCGUCUGCCAUGUUUCCUGGGCACAAAACGUCUUCGCACCAUUAAUAGCCCGGCUACCGCCGCAAGAAGCAAAACAAUGCCACAUCUCGAAAGACACCUACAUUGUGUUCAGCGUCAAUAGCGCUGGCAUGGAAGCCGGGCAGCGGGUCAUGGAUCUGACGGCUCCUCUCGCAAUGGCCGCUAUUCCUAUUUUCUUCAUCACAACAUACUACACAGACUUCAUUCUGGUUCCUUCGAAAGAUAGACAAACGGUGGGAGCAGCACUGCUAGAAAGAGGCUUUGAGUUCUCCGAAAAUGAAAGUGCAUAUGUUGUCCAAACACCUAGUCUCAACCACGCCCACGUCCACUCUCGCAUCCCAUCCGGAAGUAGCGAGGCCGGCCCACCAUCCACACCACCGCCUUCCAAUGUCGCAGAGCUGCAGAUCAGGACGUUCAAACAGCUGAGGAAACGAGGCGUCGUGCCUUUCAUCGAACCGGAUUUAAAUCUUGUGCAAUGCUCUGGCAAGGAGAUCCUACCAGAUGACUCGUACCACUCCCAUUCUCACUCAAAUUCUCGCUCCAACUCAGGCUCAAAUGGCUACUCAAACGGACAUACCUCCCACCACAUCCCAGAAAAUACAUUUCUCAGUACCAUCGACCCCAAAUUCUAUAUCGGGCUCAUCUCCGCUCUCAUUACUCAACCACGCUUCCUCUCCAUUACGCUGGCACAGGACGACCCACCUUCUCUGUUAUUGGACAAGAGUCUGCUCUGGCUGUUUGGGAAUAGCAUCGCUGGCGAUGUAGAUGGGGAGUUAGUGCCUAUCUUUCUGGAUCUGGCGGGCUUGCCGUUGGAGAGUACGGGUAUUGUGUGCGGUGUUGCGGGGAAGCUUUGUGAGGUCGAGAGAAUGGGUGGAUGUGGAGAGAAGAAUGGGGAUGUGGAUGCGGAAAUGGAAAGUGAAGGAGCGGAGUUGAGUUAUUUGAGUACGGCGAGGGCGGGUGCGGUUAUUUUGAGUAAAGGGGGAAGUGUCAGGGCAUUGGAGGCGUUGGGGCCGUUGUUGGAGACGGAGGCGGAGUCGUGA